CUGCAGCUUAGGCUCCACGGCUCCAAUCCAAAGACAGCUUUUCUUAUUUACAAACCGACUUCGCAACUUUUUGUAGCAGCUCUCUACCGGAGCAAACCCGCCAUCACGACCGAGCGAAGAGCCGGACGAUGCGCAACAGCGAUGGCGGCUUCGACAGUCAGGAGGUCUCCGUAUAAGGAUUUCCUGCAGCCCGCGCUGCAGCGGCGCUUUGCAACCGCGAGCUUGUGUGUGCUGGCGGUCGCAUACCUCCAGGCUCUGCUCUUGGCCAAUUGGAGCUCCUGGUUCUGGUCUUGGUUCCCCCUGGGUCCGGCCGGUUUCCGCGCCGUCUCUUUCUUCUUUUGCGGCAUCCUCAUCGUCGUCCUCCGAAUCUCCCAGUACCACCCCGGCCUGCGCACCUCCGACUCGGGCAUCCACACCUUUAUCCGCUACGCUCCCAGGUUGGAGACACUCGAGACGCUCCUCACAUACAUGACCUCGGCAUUCAUCUUUAGCUUCAUCUACCUCUGGUCGCUGUCCGACAGGUCGGGGCUCGAGUUCAUCACGUACUUCACGGCCGAGAGGGCGAGGCUGAACGAGAAGCCGCUCUUCCUCGUAUCCCACUUGGUGCUGCUGGGGGUCUACCAGGGACUGCUGCACCUAUACAAGGAUGUCGAUCGGCUGUCUCUCGGCGUCGCGAGGCCGCAGAACGGGGAGAAGAAGCCCGAGGAUGGGGACGCGGCCCUCCAGGUGCGCCGGUUCAAAGACCAGCUUCCUGCGAUGCUUGUCUCGACGAUCAACCAGGCCGUCGUCGGCCUGAUGAUCAGCGUCGCCGUCUACCCGAUCACGGUGCGCGGCUCGAUCUGGAAGACAACAAUGGUGCUUCUGCGGCCCCUCUACAACCUGCCCAGGAGCAACAUGCUGCCGUCCUCGCUCCCCUUCUCCAUUCCGACCUUGUUCCGCUGCUUCCUCGUGAGCCUGCUUCUCAUGUUUGCCUGGAACACCGCCAACACGGCAUUCUCGCUCUUCCUGGUCAAGCACCCGCUGAAGAACGGAAAGCCGUUGACGUCGGACUCGAAGGACCCCAAUGGUAGUCUUCUCAAUGGGCUAAAGAAUAAGAAGCUUUCCAUCAAGUGUUUCGCCGUGUGGGAACUGGCCUUCAUUGCUCGCGACUUUCCCGACCGCCGGAAGGCCAUCUACGAGGACAUUGACCGCAAGGACGGGCCCAUGUGGUCGCAGGUCUACAAGAUCUGCCUGGAUGUCCUGAAGUCGAUGGAAACAAACAUGGACGCCUACCUUACGCCGCCGGCACCUCCCGCGCCCUCCGCCGCCGCCGCGUCGGCGGCGGAAGAACAGGAAAAGGUCCGCACCACCGAACCCCCACGGGAGGAACCCAUCUUCCAGCCCCCCCAACAGCGCAAGGGCCUGCGCAACCAAGUGGAGAAGGCGGUCAGCCAGGUAGCCCUCUCGCCCGGCCAGGGCUCGCAGCUCAGCCCGACCGCCAAGAAGGCGGUUGACUCGGCCAAGCAGCAGCUGCUCCGGAUCCAAAAGGAGACGACGGGAACGGACGACACGCAGGGCCUCUUCCGGGACGUCGCCCUCAAGGUUCUCCACUCGGCGGCCGGGUACCCGUUCCGGCAGCACUACCGGCGGCGGCUGGCGCGCGCCGUGCUGGGCGACCCCUACGGCGAGCCCAGCCUGUACGUCAACGCGGCGUGCGCGCUGGCCAGGCUGGCGGCGCACUCGCUGCGCGAGGACAAGUACGGGCACGUGCAGCGCGACGUGGCGGCGCUGAUCCGGGCGCUCACCGGCCUGGCGACAAGACUGGAUGGCUUCCGCAGGGACGCGCUCGCGCCGCAUUGGACCGACGUCGAGGGCGGCAGGGAGUGCCCCGAGGUCGAGGAGGUGCUGGAGGCGGUCAGGGACGCGCUGGCCCGGCUGGUGGAGGCGUUCGGCCCCUACGCGAGGGAUCUGAGGCUGAGCCUGACCGACAUGCGCCUGGCGAGGGAGGCGGCCGGGUUGGCGGCGGCUGAUGGGGUAGAGAUGAGGGAGCUGGUUGGUGGGAAAGGAGGGAGGUGACGAUGAUGAUGAUGACCUCCUUUUCGGGGGGGGAAAAAAAAAAGGGCCGAGAAAGGGUGCUUGAUGCGUGUGUGUAGUGUAUCACUAGACGGCUAGCGGCGGGGUAUUGUACAAGGGAUUUCCGGUUUACAUGGCUGGCGGCGCAUCAUCAAAAGUGUGAAUACACGGAUACUAUCUAAUGAAUUUGCGGUUUCGUGAUAGAAGAUUGUUCAAUCUAGUCUUGGCUUUUGAUGGCCUAUGUAAACGCUCCGACCAUGCCAAUCUAGGGUUCAAUUCCAUUCAAAAAUCCAUUUGAUCAACGACGUCGGUGGUUCUUCUCGUUUCUAUUAAGUUUUGUCUUUCCCUUUUCUAGGUACCUGAUUGCUCACUCGGGUAUGGCGGUCGGGAGCGGCAGAAC